AUGCUGCCACGUUCCCUACUACUAUGUGUCUUCUUCCUCCUCGUCACCUCUGCGUCCUACCCCAACAAUGGUUUCACCUACAACGAUUUCUCUUCUAGCAUGCUCCGGCUUGAUGGUGUAGCUUCAAUAACAAGCAAAGCUCUUAAGCUAACCGAUGGCGCUCCCCAGAAGGUAGGGCGUGCUUUCUAUGGACGCCGGUUGGACUCUAUUUCCUCAUUCUCGACAACCUUCGUGUUCGUCAUCACUAGCCAGUAUAGUGAUUUGAGCAGUCAUGGCCUUGCCUUUACGCUUUCUGCCACGACGGACUCUUUGUUGGAUGCCCUCCCAUCUCAGUUCUUGGGCAUGUUCAACGACGAAAACGUCGGUAAUACAACAAACCAACUCUUUGCUGUUGAGCUUGAUACCAUAAUUAAUAGUGAAUUCAGGGACCUUGAUGAUAACCAUGUUGGAAUCGAUGUAAACAACUUGGUUUCUAUCAGUUCCCAUACAGCUGGUUACUACACCUCAAACGACACGUUUUCUCCCUUGAGGCUUGCUAGCGGUGAACCGAUGCAAGUAUGGGUAGACUAUGAUGCCAAUUCACAUCAGGUGAAUGUCAGUUUAGCACCUUACUUGGAGCGGAAGCCUGAACGCCCACUGCUAUCAAGCAUUGUCAAUCUCACAUCUGUGUUGCCAAGGUCAGUCUAUGUUGGCUUUGCUUCGGCAACUGGCCUUUUAAGGUGCAUACACCAAAUUAUUGGCUGGAGUUUCAAUCCAAACGGGGCGGCUACACCACUUGACUACUCAGUGUUGUCUGAAGUUAUAAAGGAUGUUCGUAGGGAAGCACAAAGUCACCCAGAUACCUCCAGGCACAUUCUUUUACCGAUUACUAUCAUGUCAGUGUUCAUUGUGCUUGUUAUGCUUGUUGCUCUUUAUAUUUAUAUGAAGAAGGCAAGGAAAAGUGGUGAGUGGGAAAUCGAUUGUGGGUCUCCAUCUUUCACAUAUAAAGAUCUAGUGAGGGCAACCAGCGGUUUCAGUGAUAGGAUGCUACUAGGGAAAGGAGGAUUUGGAAAGGUUUACAAAGGGAUGCUACAAACCUCCAGUCAAAAUGUCGCGAUCAAGCGGAUUUCACCAGAUUCAAAGCAAGGGAUGAAGGAAUUUAUAGCUGAGAUAACUAUUCUUGGUCAUCUCCGCCAUCGCAAUCUUGUCCAGUUGCUCGGUUAUUGUCGUCACAAAAAUGAGCUUCUUAUAGUUUAUGAUUAUAUGCCAAAUGGUAGUCUCGACAGAGUUUUGCAUGGUCAAGGUAAUCAGACCAUAGAUUGGGUACAUAGAUUUAACAUUAUAAAAGGUAUUGCAUCUGGUCUUCUCUAUCUCCAUGAGGAUUGGGAGAAAGUUGUCAUCCAUCGAGACAUCAAGGCGAGCAAUGUUCUCCUUGAUAACAAAAUGACUGGAAGACUUGGUGAUUUCGGUCUUGCGAGAUUGCACAACCAUGGAACAGACGCCCACACCACGCAUUUGGCUGGCACCUGGGGUUACAUUGCUCCUGAGCUAGCCAGGCUAGGAAGAGCAACCAAGGCAACUGAUGUUUUUGCAUUCGGGGUGUUCAUGCUGGAGGUUGCUUGUGGGAGGCAUCCAAUAGAAGUGAAUAAUUAUGGCGAGCCGAUGCUGCUAACAGAUUGGGUGAUCGAUGCAUGGGAGAGUGGUUCAGUCCUCAAAACUGUAGACCCAAAAUUAGAAGAUUAUGUCAAGGAGGAGGCAGAGUUAGUACUAAAGCUUGGCCUGCUAUGCUCACAUUCAGUACACAGUGCUAGGCCAUGCAUGCGCCUAGUUAUGCAAUACCUUGUAAAGGAUGUGUUACUCCCAGAUUUCAAAGCAAGCUUUUUAAGCCUUACUAUCAAGGAUGAAGACUUCGAUCAGCAUAUCCUUUCAUGCAAUUCUGUGGCGACGACCAUGACCGGUCUUUCUGGAGGAAGAUAAUACAUAAUUACUUGUUGCCAAAAUCUAUGGGGAUACUCUGUUUUUCUGUUGUAGGGUUUUC